AUGCCCCUUUUCGAUCACCGAUCUGGACCGUCCUAUGGCACAAUCAAUCAGAUGGAGCAACAUAGUGAUGAUGAAGGGGAGCAACUUCUCCCGGAGCAGUAUGAAAGUGGAAGCUGCAGCAAUAAUAACAGUGACAUCGCGUCAAUAUCAGAGGACUCGGUGCAGGAGGGUGUACGAAAGAUCGAAGCGAUUAAUAUGACCUGGACUACCCGGUCACUGAUUAUAGCCUACAUCAGCAUUUUCCUCAUGUCGUUUUGUACUUCCUUAGAGGGUCAGACUGUCAUGUCGCUCCAAGCAUAUGCAACCAGCGCAUUCAGCAAGCAUUCUCUGAUUUCUACAGUUCUAGUCGUUCAAAAUGUGGUUAACGCUGUUAUCAAAACCCCCAUGGCGAAGGUUGCGGAUGUCUUCGGUCGCUUCGAAGCAUUCUGUCUUAGCAUACUCAUAUACGUUCUUGGGUACAUUCAGAUGGCCGCUUCAACCAAUGUUCAAACCUACGCAUCAGCCCAAAUUUUCUACUCCGCCGGCUCCACAGGCCUACAGAUACUCCAGCAGGUCUUCAUUGCCGACAGCAGCAGCUUACUCAACCGUGCCUUUCUAGCGCUUCUACCCGAGUUCCCCUUUUUGGUCACCGUCUGGAUCGGCCCGACCAUUGCAGAUGCGGUGCUAAAACACGCCUCAUGGCGUUGGGGAUAUGGAAUGUGGUCGAUUAUUCUGCCUGCCUCUUUCCUUCCCUUGGCCCUUUCGCUGAUGUUGAAUCAACGUAAAGCAAGGAGACUGAAUCUGAUCAAGUCGAAGUCUCCCAAACGCGGCGGCUUCCUUGCUGUAGUGCGCCGUACGUGGUACGACCUGGAUAUGUUCGGCUUGAUACUGUUGUCCGCGGCGGUCACACUGAUCUUGAUACCUCUGACCCUUGCGGCUAAUUCGAAAAAUGGCUGGAAAACCGGUAGCAUCGUCGCAAUGAUCGUCAUUGGUUUACUCUGCCUUGUUGCGUUACCUUUCUGGGAAGGCUCCAAAAGACUGGCCCCCAAGCCUCUUCUAUCUCUGCACCUGCUCAAACAACGAACCGCCCUCGCUGGCUGCACACUCGCAUUCUGGUAUUUUAUGGCCUUUUAUUUUUCGGUUCAGCCAUACUUUUACUCCUACCUCCAGGUUGUUCAAGGAUACGAUGUUUCUACCGCGGGACGGGUGACGCAGACAUUUGCAUUUACCUCCACCAUUGCUGCAUUUACCGUAUCGAUACUCAUCAAAUAUACUCGCCGUUACCGGGUGUUCGUCACAAUCGGCUGCGUGAUCUAUAUUCUCGGACUAUUACUGAUGAUGAUGACUCGCCAGGAGGGCAGCUCCCCAACACAGAUUUUAGCGACGCAGAUUGUGGUUGGCAUCGGUGGCGGGCUGCUCAAUGUUCCGGUGCAAUUGGGCGUUCAGGCAUCUGCCAGCCACCAAGAGGUCGCCGCCGCUACGGCAAUGUUCUUGACAUCCAUGGAGAUGGGAGGUGCCGUUGGCGCUGCAAUCUCCGGUGCUGUUUGGACGCACAAUAUUCCACGCAAGCUUUUGUUAUACCUCCCAGAAGGGAACAAAGGCGAUGCACAGGAGAUAUUCGGCAAGCUGACCAAGGCUCUCUCUUACCCACUUGGAUCACCUGUCCGGAUCGCUAUCAAUCGAGCGUAUCAGGAGACGAUGAAUAAGCUUCUGGUGUUGGCGCUCAUUGCCGUUGUGCCCCUGAUACCCCUCAGCUUGUUGAUGGAGAAUUACAAGCUGGAUAAGAUGAGCGAAAAUACUCAUCAUGAACCGGUCCCUACCGAGGAGGAUGAACCUCCACCGGAGGGACAUGUCAAAUGA